CUCAGACUCUCUGCUCAUCUCAAUCAGUGCCAACUUGGUCUUCCUGGUUCUGGUACAGCAACACGAACAGAGUCAGCCAUGCAAGCGACUCGGACACCCACUAUCAGUGUGUUUGCAGACUGCAGCAUCCCAGUCGGGUUGCGGAUAGGACCAGUCCCGGGCAUCUUCAAACUGGGGAAGUAUGUUUCGGACCGCAAGGAAGUUGGAGUCAAAAAGAAGAUUCGCCUGCUGAGGGGGGAAUUCGUGGACGAGUCUGGCAGUGCAGUUCCAGAUUGGAUUGGGUUAAUACGCGCGGCCAGAUAUAGUCAAGAACAGAACCUCGAGGCAGUCUCGGAUUUACCUGGGGGACAGAUAUUCUAUCGUGCGCUGAGAGAAAUUCAGCCUGGGGAAGAAUUGAGCGUUUGGUAUUCCAACUCACUGGCACAAUGGUUCGACAUUCCUACGACUGCAACUCCAACACAUGACGAAAAAGCAGAGGAGCGCUACAUUUGCUGGUAUUGCUGGAGAAUAUUCAAAUACCCGAACACCCUGAAAGCUCAUGUGCAUUUCCACUGUGCAUUGAGCAAUGGCAGGAGCUUUGUGAGCACGAGCAACGAGCAAGCGAGAGGUCCAGAGAACUUCAACAGAUCUCCGAGAUCUGGGGACAUCCCGAAUAAUUCGUCCUCUCCGAGGAAUGGCCACAACAUCUUAAUGUCUGAUGCUGUGAAACGGGCAGUGUCCUCAUCACCAUUCGCCAGUAAAGCGGGACUAUCGAAAAAGUCAAGCUCAGAGGAGCAGGACCGGGCCCUUGACAUGAGUGUGACCUCUGCCAGGAACCCCGGACACAUGCUGGGCCUCGGUGGGACAUCAUCUGUGCUUAACAGUAUGGGCUUCCCUCACGGCGUCCGUUCUGCUUUCAAACCAAUGGGACUUUCACAUUUCUCCCUGGCUGAGGUAGCAAGAGAUGAGUCUAACGGAAAAUCAAACGGUAUCGGGUUCAGUAAACUGUUAGGAAACAUCAAGUCAGUGCGUUCCUUGAAUGAACCUUUGCCUAAUGUCCAUCCCUCAAAAUUCACGCACUCAGUGGAUACCACACCUGCUGUGAUUCCCUGCGCAAACUCAAUCCGUGGGUUUCCUUUACUGCCACAUUUUGAGGAGACCUCUGCUUUCAAGCAUGUUGACAGUCGCAAGCACUCUGCACUGUCUCCCUCGCGUUACUCCCAACUUCCUGCCGGCUUUCAUUUCGAGAGGUUCUCCUUGCCACAGUUUGAUGGAGGAAAAACAUACAAUGGAGACUGCAACAUACCCCUCAUGCCAUUUACUGUUUACAACGGAGAGCUCCUUUACAGUUCACCAUACUAUCCUCUAAAAUGUCACUUUGGCAACCUGCUUAAAUACCCAGACUCUGUUACCUAUUUCAGCGCACCUGCUUUGAAUCCAGAUCUGAAUACAAUUACGAACAUCGACAGGGAGAUAGCCAUGCAUACGCAACAGUUGUCUGAAAUUGCCGUAGAGAAAAACCGCUCAAGGCUGGAGUCCAUGCCCACGUCCAACCCAAACUCGGGCAAGCCCAAAAAGGGACAUCUGUGUCUGUACUGUGGCAAAUUGUACUCUCGAAAAUACGGGCUGAAGAUUCACAUGAGGACUCAUACAGGGUACAAACCACUCAAAUGUAAAGUUUGCUUUAGGCCCUUUGGUGAUCCCAGCAAUCUCAACAAGCACAUCCGACUGCACGCGGAAGGAAAUACACCGUACAGGUGCGAGUUCUGUGGGAAAGUGCUCGUGCGCAGGCGGGAUCUGGAGAGGCACGUCAAAUCAAGGCAUCCAGGGCAAACUAUCAAAAAAUCCGAUGAUGACAAAAUGGACGGCAUCUUCGGAGAUGCCGAGCAAAAAGGCGACAAUGAUAGCGACGUUGACGUCUGCUUCACAGAUGAUCAGAGCGACCAGGAAUCGAGUAAAAAUAAUGAUUAAUGGACCAAUUACUGGACAUAUUAAAGUAGAUUUAGCUCUUAAGUAGCUAACUUAUGCAUGUACAUAUUGAUUUCCAAAUAAGAUGUUUAAUUUUAUAAAGAUAUUGCAAAGUUUCCCCAAGUAAAUAAAAAAGGAAUUCGGUUCUUUUUCAGGCACUCAUGAACUUAAUUUCAUAAUGUCACAUGCUUAGUGAUAUUGAGUACAUCUCAGCACCCACAAUGUGGAGCUGCACUUUAUAAAGACGGGUUUAUGGGUUUAUGCAUUCAGGCACAACAACUGAUUUUCGGAAUUCCUCUUUUCUUUUAAAAUGCUGUCUGACCAUUUCCUUUUAUUAAUUCCAGUAGGCCACUACGUUGGAAUUACCUGUCAAAUUCGCACUUUUUUAUUACCAAAAACAUUCAACCCAUUCUGUAAAAAUUGCAUUUGGUGAACAAACUGUAGCCAAUAAAAUGUAAAAGGACGUUUCAAAGAAAUAUGGGUGUUUCUAUUUAGUUGAAAAACUAUUGUAAAAAUGUACAUAUGAUGUACUGUGGCAGCCGUGGGUGUAUUGUUACAUUAUUCAUUGAUAUUGUAUAUUAUUAAUUGACAUUAUUGACCUCAAAUCCAAAUACAUCGCAUUGUCCGUUUUUGUAUAAAAUUCAAAAAUAAAA